AGAGUUGGUCCUGUCUUAGCCUUUGUUGAGUGUCUAGCUAUCUGCAGCUGAUUAGGAAUCUUCAAUGACAUAAGUCACUUCCGCGUAUGAGGUGAUUCGGGCAUAACGGUGCUUGAACUUAUAACGAGCAUGUUGAUAAGACAUACUUAAAUAUCACGACUGUUGCACCUAACCGUUUACUGGCUAUAAAAAUGAAUACCCUUCGCGAUCGUUUUCAUGGUACGUAACAAACAAAGUUAUAUACAGCAGGAUAAAAAACAGUGUCCUUAUUGUGCUGUGCCGAAAAUCAUAUCUAGGGGCUUUGGCUACACUAUGCAAUCGACAUACGAAGCACUUCAGCAAUAUUCCUAAUCACGCAUAAUUCAUGGAUUAUUUAUUCUACACCUAAUGAGAAACAAUCAGUCCACGUCCACUUUGGAACAACCGCAGUAACAACAGCGUGCUCGGCAGAACCAUUCAUCAAUGCGCGGUCCUGGAGGGAACUGAAAAUGCGUGUCAAUCAAAAGGAAUCAGUUCAUUUGAUGUUGGGUUAGCGUACGGUUUUGUCUGUCCUUCGAUACCGUCAACAAGCGUGCACUGCGCUACCUUCAAAGGAUGUUUACUAAAGGCUUCAUUGUUGCGAUAACGCUAGUACACAUGUGGUUAGGCACGUCGUGCAGUUUGGAGCGUAUGCUCCCCGAGGAUACACUCAUAGGACCGUUGGUUGAACAAGUGAUGCGUUCGCUGCUGUUGCGCUACUUUCGAAGUGCACGUUUGCUUCUGCUUGGUUGCUAUAGUGAGCUUGGCGAACCAUCUGACGAAUGUACAAGAAGACGAUCGACCUGGGCCUGAUUCGCAUUUCUAAGCCUACUUUGUAACACUUGCAGGGUUCUCCCUUCUUCAAAUUCCCCUACUGACAUUCACACACGAACUGGCGGAUGACGUAUUCAUGGAUUGGAUUCAACCGACGGUAGAAGAUAAUGAUCAGCCCAUCCAACGCAUGAACAGUACUGGUUUCCUAAGUACUCGAGAUAAUCUGUUUAUAAUGCCGGACCAUGCCGAAGUAGGAGUGGUGCUCUUGUUCACUACAGUGCGCCACUUUGCACGUUACUGUCAAGAUCGCCACCCAUUGCAUGAGCGUGAGCGUUAUGUGCAUUCAAACUAUUUGGUGUUCAUACAGCAGUCAAGCUAUUCGCUAGAGGAACUACGCCCAACCGUUUACUGACUAUGGCGCUACAGCUCUAUUCUAAAUCUCGCCAUAUCUAUUGGGCCACUUACCGACCCAACGGCAGAUGGUAUAAAGCUACACUUCUUCAAUCCCUUUCAUGCAGAGGAAACGGAACAGCUGUUGACGUUCAAUGUUGGGGAGGAUUUUGCGAUGAGUCCUACCGCUGACAAUAAGCUAAACAUCUUUAAUGGCAUACCGAUACGCUGUACGGUAUUUCCACGAAAUCCAACACUCCUACCAUGGGACAGUCUGCCCGCGUCAUUCCGUGAGGUGCAUUACGUACAGCAGUCCGUCCGAGCCUCCAAUGGGUCGGGUGGGCUGGACGGGAUGUUGUUGGGCAAUUUGGCAGUGGCGCUGAAUUUUACUGCCGAAACGAUGGACGCCUCGGAUGGGCAGGAAUAUGGCUAUCGGUUGAAGAAUAAUACCUUUGUUGGAUCAUUAGGAGAUCUGCUGCAGUACCGGACGGAUGUAUCAUUUAACGUUCGCUUCAUGAAGUACUACGAUACUCACGGAAUCGAGUUUUUGCACCCAAUAUACUCUGACCAGCUGUGCAUCCUGUCUCCAAAAUCGUUGGAAAUUCCACAAUGGUUGGCUAUUUUUCUCUGUUUUCAUCCGUACGUUUGGACGUCGUUUGUAGUGGUUGGAUUUGCCGGCGGUUACUGUUGGUACCUGCUGAAGCGCUGGACCUUGCGCAAAGUGAGUCGCUAUAGACAGCAUUUGCUGAAAGGGGAUCGGGCCCAAUACACUGUACUAUCGAUCGAGAUGUGGCUGGUACUGCUCGGUGCAAGCUCUACCUAUUUGCCAGUGCGGAUGAUCGAAAGGACACUUCUAGUCGCAUUCCUGAUAGCCAACGUUAUUAUCUCCGGAACAUUCCAGGGCACCUUAACUACAGCGUUCAGCACGAAAUCGUACUACAAAGAUCUGAACACGUUGGCAGCACUGGACAAGUCGGAAUUGCCAAUCGCCACCUCCUCCCGCUCGCUGCUCGACAUAUUCGGUAAUGAUUCGCUCAGCCCAUUGUACCAGUCGCUGAAGGGGAAGCUUCAAAUCUUGAACGAAUCCGCCCGACAUCGGGCUGCGUUUCAGCGGGAUGUGUGCUGCAUCGAGCGUCAUUCGGACGUGCAUCUGAUCAUUAACACGGAAUACAUUCGACCAAACGGACAGCCGAUGCUGCACGUCGUUGAUGAAUGUCCACGAGUGUACUCGCUGGCGUACAUUGUUCGAAAAGGGUGGCCAUUCGCACCACUGUUCAAUGCCGCCAUAUAUCGGUUCGUGGAGUCGGGUCUGUGCAUGAAAUGGUACGAAGACACCGAGACGGCACUGAUCCUGCAGAAGCGCAUCAGACAGCUGAGGGAGCAGGAGGAAGAACCGGCACUUCGAAAGCUCACCAUGAUCGAUAUGCAAACAUCCUUCUACAUCAUGGGUCUGGGAAUGUUGCUCAGCUUUAGCGUAUUUAUCGUGGAAACGUUUGUCGGAAGAGGCCUUAAGUGUAGCCAACUCUAGAAUGGAAAGAAGCUUAUCAUACGUUCCUUUGUGUUUAGGGCAAAUUGUUUUCUAGUGUAUGCAUUGAAAAGCAAUUUUUGUAAAUAAAGCACUUAAGGCACAAUACAGGGA